AUGUCUCAGUAUUAUUGUGUGUUGUUUGCAAUUGUGUGCAGCUGUGUUCAGGCGAGACCUAAGAUCAGCCCCGUGUUUAAUCAAGUGUAUGAACCAGGACUAGAGUAUUAUGAUGACCGUCCCAGAUACUCAUUCAACUAUGGAGUGGCCGACCAUUCUACUGGUGACAUCAAAUCCCAGCACGAAACUAGAGACGGCGGGGUCGUCAAAGGUCAAUAUUCUCUAGUAGAGCCGGACGGUUCAAUCCGUACAGUGGACUACACAGCCGAUCCAGUUCACGGUUUCAACGCUGUGGUCUCUAAAGUCGGACCCAGUGUACACCCGACACCUAAGCCGCUGCCACCCAUACAACCUGCCGUCAUACAAUAUGUACAGAAUCCUGUGCCGGUGCCUGUACAGAUACCUAAGCAAGUUUUUAGGCCUGAAGUUCUGCCACAGCAAAUCUAUGCUUCACCGUCACCAUUUUUGUACCCCAAGGUUGCAGUGCAGUUUCCCGAGUACGACUUUGAAUUCGACGGGCCUUCGAACAAUUUCUACUAG